GUAUCUCGCAUGCAAUAGGUAUCUCGCAUGCAAUAGUUGGUGGUAUCUCGCAUGAAGAUGAGGUGAAGAACUUUACUUUGUUUGAAAUUAAAAAAUUGUUGCGCAGUUGCGGGAGGAGUUUGGAUGAAUAUAACACCAUGCCGGUUCCAGAUAAUAGAUUCUUAUCAAAUAACGGCAAUCGAUUGGUGUACGGUGAUCUGAGCUAAGGUAUGAUCGUAAAAUUUUGGCUGAGGAGCAUGCAAAUUUGCUGGGUAAUUUGACUAAUGAACAAGGAGUUGUCUAUGAUACUAUAAUCAGGGCUAUUGAUGCUGAUAGUGGUGGAGUCUUCUUUGUGUAUGGGUAUGAAGGAACAGGGAAAACUUUUGUAUGGAAUAUUCUUUCUGCAGCUAUACGUUCAAAAGGGGAAAUUGUAUUGAAUGUUGCAUCAAGUGGUAUCACCUCACUUCUGCUGCCGGGUGGUAGAACUGCGCAUUCUCACUUCAAGAUCCCGAUUAAUCCCAAUGAAGAUUCUACGUGCAACGUAAAACAAGGAAGCGCACUUACCGAACUUCUUAUCAAAUGUAAGCUUAUAAUAUGGGAUGAAGCACCAAUGGUACACAAAUAUUGCUUUGAGGCUUUAGAUCGGACACUCCGAGAUAUUUUGCGAUUUAGCAAUCCUUCAAGUUUACAGAUGCCCUUUGGAGGAAAAAUUGUGGUGUUUGGUGGAGAUUUUAGGCAAAUCCUUCCUGUCAUUCCGAAAGGAAGGAGACAGGAUAUAGUUAGUGCAUCCAUAAACUCUUCUUAUUUGUGGCAGCAUACAAAUGUGAUGCGUUUAACAAAGAACUUGAGGCUUCUUCAUUUGUCAGGCAGUGAUCAAUCAGAAUAUUUGAUUAAGUUUUCCGAAUGGAUUGCAAGCAUUGGAGACGGUACAAUUGGAGGGCCGAAUGAUGGUUUUGCAGAGAUUGAGAUUCCUGAGGAGUUCUUGAUUACAGAUUUUGAAGAUCCAAUAGCUAAAAUGGUUGAAUCCAUUUAUCCUGAUUUUGGAACCAUUGAUCAUGAUCCCAGUUAUUUGGAAAAAAGGGCAAUAUUGGCACCAACCCUUGAUGUUGUUGAUUCUAUCAACGAUUAUAUGCUCACUUUAAAUGGUACUGAGUUGAAAACAUACUUAAGUUCAGAUAGUCCAUGUCAGUCUUAUGCAAAUCUUGAUUUCUUGGCUGAUAUUCACACUCCAGAGUUUUUAAAUGGAAUUAAAGCUUCCGGAGUUCCUAACCACCAAUUGCAUCUUAAAGUUGGGACACCGGUUAUGCUAAUGAGAAAUAUAGACCAUUCCCAAGGUUUGUGCAAUGGAACUAGGAUGGUUAUCACUAGAUUGGGCAAUCAUAUUUUGGAAGCAAAAGUUUUGACGGGAAUAAGUGCAGGUCAAAAGGUCUUAAUACCUAGAAUGUCUUUGACACCGUCAGAUGUGAGGUUGCCUUUCAAGUUCCAGAGGAGGCAGUUUCCAAUUAUUGUCUCAUAUGCAAUGACAAUAAACAAGAGUCAGGGGCAGUCUUUAUCUAAAGUUGGAUUAUUUUUGCGCAAACCGGUUUUUAGUCAUGGUCAAUUAUAUGUUGCUCUUUCGCGUGUUACUGAUCCCCGUGGUUUGAAGAUUCUUAUAUGUGACAAGGAAGGUAGGAG